UACAGUUAAAAUGGCGGAAGCGGAAGCACAAGAACUUGGGGCCUCCCGGAAGUUGAUGCGUGUCGACAGAGAACUGGGAAUAGUUCAGAGGAGGGGGGCGUACUCAGACACGACCGUCUUUUUUGUUCAUGGUGGUGGAGGUCGUGCGGGACAAUUCAAACAUCAGAUAGAGCAUCUAGCAACAAAAGUCAAUGUUAUUGCCUUCGACUUUCUUGGGCACGGAAUCAGCGAUUGUCCGAAUCAACGUGAUAUGUACACGGCAGAAAAUCAUCUGUUUGAUCUCAUUGCUGUAUAUGAGAGAUACAAAACAACUGUUAACCAUAUUGUUGCUCACUGCUAUGGUGCCAUUCACACUCUCCGUUUCGUUAACUGGUUGUAUGAGCAAAACAGAAUAAAAGAAAUUGGUAAACUGGUGAUGAUAUCUUUAAGUGUUGAUGCACCAGCUACAGGAGGGAUUUUUCUCAAACUGCCAGCUACCAUUUUGGAGUGGACACGGCCACUAAUUCGUUCAUCUGUAAACGCUCGCGUCUUUCACGAGAAAACAGACCCAGCAUUAAUAGCAUACGAAAACAACAUUUCCAAACACAACCCAAUGUUCAUGAUGCAACAAAUCGGACGCGAUAUCGCCGACGGCUCAUGGACCAUGCCCAUCCAACAAGUCACUGACAUUUUCAACGGCACGGAUGCAUCCAUGCCAAGUGUCCUACUCAUCCAUGGAGUGUUAGACGGCAUCGUACCAAUUGAAGGAAUGCGGAAGUUGAAUGGCAAUGUACUUGCAGAGGCGCGUAUUUGUGAAGUGGAAGACGCCGCUCAUCUUCCAAUGCUAGAGAAGCCGCACGAAGUAAAUGAAGCUUUAGACAACUUUUUAUUCAAUUGAAAAAUAAAACGUAAUGGUCACGUGACAUUUUGAGCAUGCGCAGUUUUGUUGCAAGGCAUACAAACGUGAGAUAACAAUUGAGAAAGGAUUUUAGCAGGAGGUUGUUAUGAAGUUUAUUUGCUUAGUUUCUUCAUUUCUUGCCAAUAUUUUUGGACUUCGACACCUUCCCAUGUCUUGUUGCCAAGAGGAUGGAAAUAGCUGUAUUGUAUAACGUUGAGAAUGAAAUAUGUUUGUGAUGA